AGACCGGGAGAGACCGGAGACCAGAAGCGACCGGAUCGGAGAAUAGUACAUCAACAACCCCACGAAGCGAAAAUUAAAGUUUUAAUUUCACUAUUUCCUUUAAAAAUAAUAAAUUGAAUGAAAAAUUCGCUGCAGCUAGACAAAUAAAUUAGUGUAAUUUUGAUAUUUCUUAUAAUUGAAGAUGGAAAAAGCAGUCAAAUUAUAUAAAGAGCUGAUAAAAUAUUCAGAAACAAAUAGUGCUGUGAUUGGCAGAGGUAACAGAGCAGGGCCAGUUAUUGUUAACACUGUUCAGUCUCAAAGGGACCUUGAUCGGGCAGAGAAAAUCAAGUUUUCCAAAACAUAUUGUGUUGACAUACAAGUAGACAAGAAAUGUAGGGUGUUGUACAGAUCCAGCCCACAAGAAUUGAAUAAUGAACUGUGGAACAUACCAUCAAGGUCAGGAAAGUACAAGGCCAUUGUUAGGAAAGUACUGGACAAAAAGAAGGAAGAAAAACAUUAUUUAGAGAUCUGGAGUGAUAGUAUCAAGCUUGAAUGUUUCGAUGUCUCGGCCUCAGAGAAAACUGGAAAAAUUUACGAUAAUGAUGGAUAUUUUGGCUGCCUUGAGUGGACAGCUAAGGAAGACAGAAUAUUGUAUACAGCAGAGAAGAAAUAUAAGAAAGCUGUUUCAUAUUUCACUAAAUCUAGUGAAUCGGAUGAUAAACCGGAUCAAACUGAACCUGGAGAAGAAUAUGUAUACAGGGAAGAUUGGGGUGAAGGACUUGUUGGUAAGCAUCAAUCAGUACUGUGCAUACUUACCAUCUCUACAGGGGAUAUACAAGUGAUAGAUUAUACACCAGCAAAUGUCAGUGUUGGGCAGGCCAAAUGGCUGCCAGAGGAUACUGGGAUAGCUUUUACAGGAUGGCAUCAGGAUCCAUUCAGGCUUGGAAUAAUUUACUGUCCAAUAAGAAAGAGCACAAUCUUUCAUUUGAAUCUAGAGACAAAGGAAUGCGCUGAAUUAACAUCCACUAACAAAGCUGCCCAUGAUGCGAGAAUUUCUCCUAAUAAGGAGAGUUUUUUCUAUCUUCAAAGUGAAAUUGGUGGACCCCAUAUGCAGUGUUGUGAACUCCUUAAGUAUGAUUUGAAAAGCAAGAUUUCCAGUACUGUGGUAGAGAAAGUCAAGUUUGCUGCAGGGGAUGAGUUUCCAGGAGUGUAUGCUGUUAAAGUACCAGAUGAAUGCUGGUGUGAAGAUAAUACAAGAGUUGUCAUCAACUCUAGUUGGAGAAGUAGAGAUGUUGUUCUAGUCAUUGAUACAAAUACAAAAUCUGUAACCAGAUUGCCAGCUUACAAAGAUUGCUGUAUGACAAGUUUGUGCACAGAUAGAGAUAUUAUAGUAGCCGAGUGUUCAUCUCCUUCAAGACAAAAUUUCCUGGUUAUUGGAUGUAUCCCUGCUUCAGGGAAAGAGACAGAAAUAGAAUGGUUACCACUGGAUGAGUCACUGCCACAGUUAGACAAUGUCUCCUGGAAGGUCAUAGGUCACCAGCCAUCAUCGGACAGGAUCAAUAAAGACUAUCCUAAUUUAACCUAUGAGAGUAUCCUAGUUUAUCCAUCCAAUACUGGGUCAGAUACAACGAAAAAACUGCUAGUAUUUCCUCAUGGUGGUCCUCACAGUACAUUUACAUCUACAUAUAUGUUAUACUCAACAUUUCUGUGCAAGCUGGGAUACUCAAUUCUUAUGGUAAACUACCGAGGUUCAUAUGGCUAUGGUAAUGACAGUAUAUUUAGUCUACCAGGCAAGUGUGGAGAUCAAGAUGUUAAAGAUGUUCAUUAUGCAGCAGUGGAGGUGAUAGAGAAGGAAGGUUAUGAUAAGAAUAGAGUGUUUGUAUCUGGUGGAUCUCAUGGGGGCUUCCUUACAUGUCAUCUUGUUGGCCAGUAUCCUGGUUUUUAUAAGGCAGCAGUUUGUAGAAACCCAGUCAUUAAUAUUGCUUCAAUGUAUGGCAGUACAGAUAUUCCUGACUGGUGUAAUGUAGAAGCUGGGUUUGAUUAUGACUUUAUAACAUUGCCUAGUGAGGAGAGAAUGGCAGCCAUGUGGAAAUGUUCACCAUUACAAUAUGUUGAUCAGAUUGAGACUCCAGUGAUGAUCAUGAUUGGAAAUGAUGAUAAAAGAUGUCCACCAAAACAAAGUUAUGAACUGUACAAGGCCCUUAAAGCAAGGAACAAACCAGUCAAAUAUUUAGCAUACCCAGACAUUUAUAUUUUUGCAGAUAUUUAGCAUACCCAGACAAUGGCCAUCCCAUUGUAAAAGUGGAUUCUGAAGCUGAUGCCUGUAUGAAUAUGUACAAAUGGUUCACAGAGUACCAGCCCUAAGAAGCCAUUACAAUUCAGUUGAUGUCAAAUAAAUAUUGAAAUGAGUUAUGUCAUACUAUAACUGUGCUGAGUUAUUGUACUGUAUUUAUUCAGAAUUUUAAAGCUGAUUUUUUUUUUAUAAUUGUAUAAGUGUAUGAACAGAGAAAUCAGGUUUUCAGAUCAUUUGAAUUAUUUAAAAAUAUCUAUCAAGUCUAAACAGUGUUUCAAUUUUGAAUCAAUUCAAGUGUUAAAUUGAUCGAUUUCAAAAAUGAUCUGGCCAGACUUAUCAAAUUGGUAGCAAACUUUUAAUUUUAUUUGAAUUAAUCAUCGUAAUGAAUUGAUACAGUUAAACAGAAAUUAUGUAAACAGACUUAUUAAUCUGAAAACACAAUUUCCCUAUUAUGUUUACAUGUUUACUCAUCUGUUUUUUUUAUGUGAAGGAACUGGAAAUAAUUUUUCCAGAUUAAUGUUUCAUAUGAUAUAGGCAAAACCAGUAACACGUGUGCGAAAUUCAACGUCAUUUGCUUACUCCAUAUCUGGCAGAAAUCUUAUUUUAAAUGGUUUUACAUAUGAUUAUCAUUAUUUUAAAGAUAUACUAUGCUCAGAUUUUAUAUCUGGAAAUAUUGAUAAUUGCUACACAGUCUCGUUUUAACUA